AUGAAAGUUAAUAAAUAUCUUUCCCCUUUAGUAGUAUUAGCCUUAUAUUCCGCUGUAGUUUGUGACUCAUCAGAUUCGACUAUAAAUAUCAACAACAUUGACAUACCUAACGAUUCAAAUGACAUAAGCAAAAUCGAUUCAAAUGACAUAAGCAAAAUCGAUUCAAAUGACAUAAGCAAAAUCGAUUCAAAUGACAUAAACAAAAUCGAUUCAAAUGACAUAAGCAAAAUCGAUUCAAAUAAUGAUUUACCAAAUGAAAAGAUAAAUAACGAAUAUGAGGGUGAAAAUAAUGAAUGUAAAUGUUGUGAUAAAAAAAAUUGUGAUAAUUCAAAAUCAGAAAAGGAAUGUUCAUCUAAUGAUGAAGAAAAUGAAACCUUAACAGAUAAUAAUGACGAAACUGAACAAAAUGAAGAUGCAGAAAACAAUGAUAUAUAUGAUACAGAAGAUGGUGUAAUAAAUAUACUAAGCCCAAACUAUACAAACGAUUUUUAUAACGCUGUUAUUGCAAGUUUAAAUGAAAAUGAUAAAAAUGGAAAUUAUAAAAAUAAAUAUGAAGAUUUUAAAAAUAAAUAUGAUAAUGUUAUAGCUAUUAAUGAGAAAGAAUUUGAAAUAUUCUCAAAAUUAGUUGAAGUAUUUAUGAAAAAUCAUCAUGAUUUUAAUUUAAAUUCAAACUUUUUAUAUGAACUACUUACAAAAGCACUUUCGGAUCAAAAUUUUAAAACUGAAUUUAAAGAAUUUAUGAAUAAUAUGUAUAAUUUUGUUAAAAAAAAUCAAGAAGGAAAAGUCAUGACCGAUAAUGAUAAAAUGUACAUGGCAUUGUUUGAAAAUGUUUUGUCCUUACUUAAUUCUAUGUAA